AUGGUAAUUUUUCUUGCUUUUUUUUAUUACCGGGAAGAUUUAUUUGUUUGUUUGUUUGUUUGUUUGUUUGUUUGUUUCUUUCUUUCUUUCUUUCUUUCUUUCUUUCUUUACUCCUCUGCUUUUCCUAUUUUCUUUCAUUCUUUCUUUCUUUACUCCUCCUCUGUUCCUAUUUUUUCACUUUCUUUCUUUCUUUCUUUCUUUCUUUCUUUCUUUCUUUCUUUCUUUACUCCUCUGCUUUUCCUAUUUUCUUUCAUUCUUUCUUUUUACUUUCUCUGUUACUAUUUUUUCACUUUCAUAUUUUCUUUCUUUCUUUCUUUCUUUACUCCUCCUCUGUUCCUAUUUUUUCACUUUCUUUCUUUCUUUCUUUCUUUCCUUUCUUUCUUUCUUUCUUUCUUUCUUUACUCCUCUGCUUUUCCUAUUUUCUUUCAUUCUUUCUUUCUUUACUCCUCCUCUGUUCCUAUUUUUCAUUUUUUCUUUUCUUUCUUUCUUUUUUCCAGAACUUUCUUUUCUUUACUCCUCUGCUUUUCCUAUUUUCUUUCAUUCUUCUUUUUUCAUCCUCUGUUCCUAAAAAAUUUCUUUCUUUCUUUUUUCUUUUCCUCUUUUCUUUCUUUUCUUUACCUCUCAAUUUUCCUAUUUUUCGAUUUUUUUACUCCUCCUCUGUUACAUUUUUUUCACUUUCUUUUUUCAACUCCUAUUUUCUUUCAUUCAUGUUCCUAUUUUUUCACUUUUCUUUCUUUCUUCUUUCUUUUCUUUUCUUCUUUUCUUUCUUUAGAAUUUUCUUUCAUUCUUUCUUUCUUUAAAUCCUCUGUUCCUAUUUUUCACUUCUUUCUUUCUUUCUUUCUUUCUUCUUCUUUCUUUUCUUUCUUUUUUAAAUUCUUUCUUUUCCUUUUUCUUUCAUUCUUUUCUUUCUUUUGGGUUCCUAUUUUUUCACUUUCUUUUUCUUUUUUCUUCUUUUCUUUUUCUUUCUUUUCUUUCUUUACUUACCUCUGUUUUUCCUAUUUUCUUUUCAUUUUUCUUUCUUUAUCCUCCUCUGUUACUAUUUUUUCACUUUUCUUUCUUUUUUCUUUCUUUUCUUUCUUUCUUUUUUUUUCUUUCUUUCUCUCUUUAUUUUCCUAUUUUCUUUUCAUUCUUUUCUUUCUUUACUCCUCCUCUGUUCCUAUUUUUUCACUUUCUUUUCUUUCUUUCUUUUCUUUCUUUUUCUUUUCUUUUCUUUCUUUCUUUGUUUUCUUUCUUUUUGCUUUCUUUUUUUUCUCUGACAUUUUUCAUUCUUCUUUUUAUUUUUUUUUAACUUUCUUUUUCUUUCUUUUUUUCUUUUUUUCUUUCUUUUUUCUUACUUUACCUUUCUUUUCCUAUUUUUUUUUUUUUUUCUUUACUUCCUCUGUUCUUUUUUUUUCACUUUCUUUCUUUUCUUUCUUUUUUUCUUUUCUUUCUUUCUUUAUUCUCUGCUUUUCCUUUUUUUCAUUCAUUCUUUCUUUACCCUCCUGUUCCUAUUUUUCACUUCUUUCUUUUCUUUUCUUUUCUUUCUUUCUUUCUUUUCUUUUCUUUCUUUUAUCUCUGUUUUUCCUAUUUUCUUUCAUUCUUUUCUUUCUUUUACUCCUCCUCUGUUACUAUUUUUCACUUUUCUUUCUUUCUUUUCUUUCUUUUCUUUUUUUCUUUUUUUUUCUUUCUUUUUAUCUCUGCUUUUCUUAUUUUCUUUCAUUCUUUCUUUCUUUUACUCCUCCUCUGUUCCUAUUUUUUUUUUCUUUCUUUCUUUUCUUUCUUUCUUUUUCUUUCUUUUCUUUUCUUUCUUUUUCUUCUUUUUCUUACUCUGCUUUUCCUAUUUUCUUUCAUUCUUUUCUUUUUUUCAUUACUCCUCCUCUGUUCCUAUUUGUUCACUUUCUUCUUUUCUUUCUUUCUUUUUCUUUUCUUUUUCCUUGCUUUUCCUAUUUUCAUUUUUCUUUCUUUUCCUCUGUUCCUAUUUUUUUUUCACUUUCUUUCUUUCUUUCUUUCUUUCUUUCCUUCUUUACUCCUCUGCUUUUCCUAUUUUCUUUCAUUCUUUCUUUCUUUACUCCUCCUCUGUUCCUAUUUUUUCACUUUCUUUCUUUCUUUCUUUCUUUCUUUCUUUUUCUUUUCUUUCUUUGCUUUUCCUUUUUCUUUCAUUCUUUUUUCUUUUUACCUCCUCUGUUCCUAUUUUUUCACUUUCUUUCUUUCUUUCUUUCUUUCUUUCUUUCUUUCUUUCUUUCUUUACUCCUCUGCUUUUCCUAUUUUCUUUCAUUCUUUCUUUCUUUACUCCUCCUCUGUUACUAUUUUUUCACUUUCUUUCUUUCUUUCUUUCUUUCUUUCUUUUAUAUGUAUUUUUUUUAUAAUUUUGAUUAUCGGUCACUUCUGUUCUUUCUUUCUUUCUUUCUUUCUUUCUUUCUUUCUUUCUCGUUUUGUUAUAUUUUCUUUCUUUCUUGUUAUGUCAUAUUUUCUUUCUUUCUUUCUUUCUUUCUUUCUCCUCCGAUUGUCAUAUGUCAUAUGUUCUUUCUUUCUUACUCAUUUUGUCAUAUGAUUUUUCUUUCUUUCUUUCUUUCUUUCUUUCUUUCUUUCUUUCUUUCUUUCUUUCUUUCUUCUCCAAUUGUUAUGUUCUUUCUUUCUUACUCAUUUUGUCAUGAUUUUUCUUUCUUUCUUUUUUCUUUCUUUCUUUCUUUCUUUUUUCUUUCUUACUCAUUUUGUCAUAUUUUUCGUUCUUUCUUUCUUUCUUUCUUUCUUUCUUUCUUAUUUAAAUGUUUUAUGUCAUUCUUUCUUUCUUGUGGAAUUCUUUUUUUUCUUUCUUUCUUCCUUUCUUUCUUUCUUUAUUAUUUUCUUUGUUCAUAUCUUUCUCUCUUUGAUUCUUUCUUUCUUUCUUUCUUUCUUUCUUCGUUUGUUUCUUUCUUUUUCUUUCUCUCCAUUUGCUAA